CAUAUCAUGAUCCUAACGAUAUCAAUAAAUAGACUAGUAGACGGCAUCUGUGUUUAUUUAGAUAAACCACGGCGACUAAUUCGGCAAGCAAAUACAGAUGAAUCUGAUGGUGAAGAUGAUAUGAAUAUUCGUGAGAAGUUACGUCGGGCAUCAUCCCAAUCACCAGCUAACAUUCCGAUGUUAGUUGUCGUGACGUUCAAUCCCGAUGCAAAAGGUUUACAAAAAAAACAAAUUGAAAUUCAACGAGGAUUUCCUGUUAAUGCGCAAUUCAUUAUAAAUGAAUGGUUAUUUGUAAAAACAGCUGAUAAUGAUGAAGGAUUCGUUCCAUAUGUAUGUUGCCGACCAAUUCUUCGUCGUCAGUCAGUGAAACACUCGAAUGAAUUAGAAAACUUCUAUAAACCGUAUGAUUUCGAAUCCAACAAAACUCGUCAAACCAAAUCACCUUCGACGAGUGUACCAACUUGCACACCGCCGACAACAAAAAAGUCCUCCUUUGUUUCCAAUCUGGGUUCGCAGUCGUUCUUGUGUCAAAGUUCAUUCUCAUGUAAGAAACGGCAAGAUGUGACAUCGUCAUCGUGUGGCGGCGACUCAGGCUUUUCUGAUUGUGAAUCAUCGUCGCAUAAUCAACAUCAAAGUUUUGAUUUAUCCACUCAACGUUACACACGUUUGUCGAAUAUACGUCCCUUACGUUCAUCAUCGAAUGCAUUCAAAAAGCAAGGUCAAUUUAUUCCAGAUUUUUCAAUAAAAAAAUCCAUUAAGACGAACAUCAUCACAUCAAAAACCGACGGUUCUCAUCGCUUGAAAUCACAAUUGUCCGUAUCGAGCAACAGUGCAUUCACUCAAGUCGUGAAAAAACACCCUAUUUCUCAAGACAGUACUCAACGGCGAACAUUCUAUUCACACGCCCGAUCGUCUCAACAACAACAGCAACAACAACAACAACAAGAAGCGUUUUCCAUAUCGUCUUCGAUCAGUAAUCUUCGUCGUCCGUAUGACAGUUACGAUGAAGCUGGCCAUUCGUCAUCUCCAUCAUCGAAAUGUCCCAGCUCGAUCUCUUCUCCAUAUAUUCGUCGUACGCCAUUUGCUCGACGUUCUCUUCCGCAUCACAUUCAGCCUGUUUUGAAAAAACCUCUCAAACCCAUGUCGUCCUCAUCACCAGAUCCAUUUAAACUACCAGGAAAAAAAGAACAACAAUUACGGCAUGUUGUUCUCGCUGAACCAUCAUUACCACCAGCAAUUAUUCCAGUGAAAUCGUCUCUCGAAAGACAUUUUUCAGACUUAAGUCUGAAUCAAAUCGAAAACGAUUCCUUAACUCCCUCCACUUCUUCAGUAUUCAUUCACAAUCGACCAUCGCUAUCCUGUUCAUCAGCAAGUACAAGCAGUUCAGCAUCGUCAUCUUCAACUGAUGAUAGUACCACACCUUUUCUACACAUCCAAAUGAAUAAUUCAAGAUGUAAUGUUAUACAUGGUGACGAGUCGAUUCCUCUUGUUUUUUCUACAACCAACAAUAUGACUAAUUCCCCAACAGCAAACACAACGAAAUCGUCGAGUUUUAUCCACAAUGUUUCGAUAACUGUCUGA